CUGGUCUAACCAUCUAUAAGAAUUUUCUCUUUAUUUGCCAUUGAAUUUUAUUUGAUUCAAUAUUUUUAGCCAAGCAGAGAAUAUUUCAAUCCAUAUUUAUAAUUUCUAGUAGAUUUUUUAAAAAUAUUUCCUCAUCUAACUGUAGCAUUCAGAUUCAUAGUAUCCUUAGAUGAGGCAUGCUCAUACAAUCUUAAAUAAUGUUUUCGCAUGUUUUGUUAUGUAUCCAAGUUACACUUAAUCAUUUACAAAUGAAUGUAUUCAAAUAAUUUCUCACAUUGAUUUUAAUAUAUAAUAUCAUAACAGUUACAUAAUUGCAUAAUAAUAUCUGUGGGUAGGACACCAAAGUGAAUGGAUGGCAAUGUGAAUUCCACUAAGAGUAGUAGUAUAUCACCCACCGAUGAUAUUUAUUCUUAGCCCCUCCCCAUACAAUGAUCUUUACGUCACCAAACAAUGAUGCUACCAUUCUAAUACUAUAAGACCACGAAACAUACAUGCUUACAUUGUGAUCAUCUCACUCUCCUAUGCUUAAAAGCAUUUCUCUCUCAUUCAUCUCAUUCUUGCACGAUCUCAUGUCAAGAGUUAAUUCAAACAUGAGAAUAUUCCUCCUACCCUAUUAUCAUAAGAAUACUCUCACUAAAGAAACAAUGUCAAACAAAGAUCAUGAAAGAACUCCAAAAACAUUAACAAUGCAUUUAUGGCCAAACCCUAUUAGCCUCAUCCCUGCCUCAGGACAACCCCAAUCUCAAUGAAAGAGAAACAACAGUGUAAGUUAUUGCCCAUGGACCAUGUCUUUCUUUUGCCAUGACUAGGUAUUAAUCAGUGUAUACACACACACACACACACAUCAAGAUUUCCUAGUCAUAUGACAUGGGUAAUGUAGUAAUGCCCAACUAAGCAACAACUCUCAAAUACAGCUCCUUGCUCCCUUCCAAGAGUCAAGUGAUGUCCUACUGAGAUCAGCCUUGUUUGAUAGCAAAGGCCACAAGGAGUGGCCUCUGGUCUCUAUACAAUCUUAACAUCUUUGUUUAUUGAAGCUCCCAUUGGAAGUUUUGGCUUUUCUUAUGGCAAAGAUCUUCAUAAUUGAUCCCUCCACAUAAGUGCCAAUCUCAACUACAUGAGAAGUUAUUAUAGGUAAGUGUUUUCUAAAGGGUGAUAGAGAUAGGCACUGAGAUCCCCCUGACACAGCUUUCUUUUCUUUUUUUCCCUAAUUUUUUUUGUUCCUUCUACCAACUUCUCUCUCUCUCUCUCUCUCUCUCUCUGUUUCUCUCUCUUCAUCAAGAAAGAAAAGUACACUAUAUACUAAUACAUAAAUCAAAGUUUGUGAGAUGAGAGACUGGGAUCGAGUUGAUUUCAUGAUUACUUAUGCGGUUGAUCCACUUAAGACAAUAUGACUCCAAGUACUUGGAUUUCAUGAAAAUAUAUCUCAAUUAAAGAUAUAUUUUCUUCUAUAUCAAAUACUUGAUACUAUUUAGUACGAUCUGAUUUGAUGAGAUAACUACUAGCUUCAUUAAUUUGAUUUGAGAGAAUCAAAAUGAAAGCCGAGAAACAGUGUCGACAAGAAGGAAAGAACAACAUGCUUGUGCAAUAGUUCCAGAGAAACAAACAACAUGAUAUUUGCACUGGUGAUCCUACAUAGAAGAGGCACGACCUGAACGGCAUAAAAGUUGGAGCUACAAUUCGACAUCAUCAACUACAACAGAGCUCCCCCAUACGACAAGGAGAAUCGUAAUCUUGGAUGCUUUCGUCCCUUCCUCCACCGGCCACGGAAGCUUCUUCUCGGAGAAUGUCGUCUUCUUUUUCUUCUUCUUCUUCUUCUUGUGCUCCCCACGACAUGCCCACCUCAAUCUGUCUUCCUCUCCCCUUUCUUUAUUCCCGUGAGCACAAAUUUCUCCUUCUACAGUUCAUCCUAAUAAAACAGUGCCCACGUCCUCCCCAUUGCCAGAUAAUAUACACUCCUCGUGCUACCACCCACCCCCUUCUUCCACUGUCGAUUUCUAAGCCUUUGAUCGAUCAUUGCAUCCAUCUUAGCUGUAUUGCCUGAUCGGCGAUCGAACCUGUCGCAAUCUCCAAUUAAAUUAGCGAGUGAAGUCAAUUCCUUGACAGACAGCAUUCUCUGCAACCAAUCGUAUAAAUGCAAUGCUCCCUGUGCUUUGCUAAAUGUCUCUGCCACCUCUUCCACCUCUGUAACUGUUCCUCCCUCGCGAUGGAGCCUCAGGGAUUGGUUUCGGAGGCAAGCUGGAGCUGCUUCGAUCCGGCGCUGUCGGUGGAGGAGUCCGAAGUCAUGGCGCAGCUGUUGGGGGGGUCUCAGAGCUUCGCAGGCGACCAUGAUCAACAGCAACAGAUGCUUUGGUCCGACCAUAAUGCCGAUUCUUACUACUGUGCUGCUACUUCUUACCCCGAUCCGUACUGUUGGCCGCAAGGCAACUGUAGCAGAAGCAGCACCACCGACUAUUACUGCUUUAGCGAUCCCCACAUGGUUCCUGCGAUCGGCGUUAGCUCUACCCCGAUGAGUUUUAGCAUCGGCGGCGAGCGGAUCGACACCCCGUCCUUCCCCGUCGGUGCUCAUCAUCAGUUUGGCGCAGCGGUCUGCGUGACCGAGGAAGCCAGCAGUGACGAAGUCGUGGAUUCCUUGGCGAAGCCUCCUCCACCUCCUCCUCCUCCUCCUCCUCCUGCGCAUGCCUCGCAAGCCAUCAAGAGAAGGUUGCAUGGUGGCGUCAUCGAGGUGGCUGCCAACACGGAAGAGGAUGACACCCAACUCCAGAGCCCCAAAAAGAAGGCCCGGGCAUCGGCACCUAUGCCUAAGAAGGGGAAGAAUGCGCAGUCCAAGAAGGCUCAGAAGAGUGGUGGUAGCUGCAACGAGGAAGAGAGCAAUGGCGACAUGAAUCCUCAGAGCUCCUGUUGCUACACCUCGGAGGACGACUCGAACGGAUCUCAGGAGCUGAAGGGAGCUGCUGCAUCUCUGAAUUCAAAUGGCAAGACGAGAGCUGGUCGUGGCUCAGCUACCGAUCCACAGAGUCUCUAUGCGAGGAAGAGGAGAGAAAGAAUCAACGAGAGGUUGCGAAUUCUGCAGACUUUGGUCCCGAAUGGAACAAAGGUUGACAUCAGCACAAUGCUCGAGGAAGCAGUUCAAUAUGUGAAGUUCUUGCAGCUUCAAAUUAAGCUUCUGAGCUCUGAUGACUUGUGGAUGUAUGCACCCAUUGCAUACAAUGGCAUGAACCUUGGGAUCGACCUGAACAUAGCUUCAAAAUCUCAGCAGUGACAUCCAUAUACAAUCUUCCUUUUUCUUCCUUUUUGUCCCCUAAAAUGUUUUGAAUUUUUGGCUCAUUUCCGCAGAGCAAAGGGAUCAUCAGUACUUGACUAGCAAUUAUGAGAAGCGUGUUGAUGAUUCAAAUUGACCAAAUCUCAUGUAUUCUUGACUUAUUUCAUCAGUUUUGACUGUUAACUGAUGGAAAGAUUGGUCCAAAACUACAGAUGAUGAUGUAAAUGAGGGCAACUGCCUAAUUCAAAACAUGACUUUUGUACUGAGACACUACCUUUGGAUGUGAUAUGUUGGGUGACCCCCAAAAUUGUUAUUAUUGGAGGCAGC